AUGUGCUCUAUACGUGAAUUGCAUUUGGACGACUUGUAUAAAUUUAAUGCCUUAGUCUUUGAUCCCUACACCGAGGUCUACAAUCUGAGCUUCUUUCUGCGUCACUUUGCCCAGUGGCCGGAGCUUGCCUUGGCCAGCAUCUCACCAGCAGGCGCGCUGGCGGGUUUCAUCUUUGGCAAAUGCUUGGACAGCGGUCCGGGACAUCAGCAGCUGCAUGGGCAUGUCUGUGUGUUGACUGUACACGGCGAGUAUCGUCGCCUGGGACUUGCUUCACAGCUGAUGAAAAGCUUUGCCGCUCUGCUGGAGCUGCGGCAGGCUUGGUACAUGGAUUUGUUUCUGCGCUGCAGCAAUCGUGCGGCCUAUAAACUCUACUGUUCGCUUGGCUAUGUGCUGCGUCGCGUGCUGCUGGAAUAUUAUCCUGGCGAUGCUAUGGAGGAUGCAUUCGAUAUGCGCAAGCCCUUGUCCAGGGACAAGCAGCGGCAGUGCUUGGAUUCCGUAUCCAUGCAGCCCGUGCAUCUGCCCGCUGAGGAGGAAAGCGAUAAUGAAUAUUAG